UAGUCCUAGCCUGGCCCCACCUACUCUUCCAUUGCCAGAGACGAAUAAAUUCACUUGCUGGGCCUACGGAGCACUCACGGGAAGCCUGUCUUAUAGCCUGGAUUUACCAGAUAGUAGGACUACCAGUUAAAGCGUUUACCCAAAGACAAGUGACAAGAAACUGAACUUAAACCUCAACUCCAAAGAUGCUGCAGGACCUGGACACCUAUGUCUGGUUAGGAUUCAGUUGAUGAGAAAAUUUCUCAGAAGAGUCAAUUGGACCCACAUGAUCCAAUUUAGUGGAGAACUGGAAUUUGUUUGAGGGAAUUAUCUCAAUCACAGGAAUUUUGCACCCUGGCAGAAGAAAAUGAAGUUGUCUUUCUACACAGUCUUCUCCAACCUGGAAAAUUGGACUGCCAUCUUCUUCAAGGGUUUCCUGGUCUACUAUCAAGUUGUGGUCAUGACUUGCAGCUCUCCCCAAAACCUGUCCUGUUGUGGUUUUGAGAAUGUUACUGAGUCUGGAGAAGAUACCUACCAAGAUAAGAUCUCUUUCCCAUGCCAUGAGCCAUAUUACAAGAUAGUACCUGCCAUGGACAGUAGCCACCCUUUACCUGAAAUUUCCAACGAUUCAACCCAGGGCAUCUGGAAAGAUAGAAAGGGAAAUGGGAAGAUUCCUCAGUGUUCACCUGUGUGUGGACAACCAUCCAUACCUAUUGACCAGGAUCAGGGGGCCCUGGAUACAUCCAAAGCAAAGCUGGGAAACUUUCCAUGGCAGGCACUCACCAUCAUUUAUGGACGUGGAGGAGGAGCUUUACUUGGGGAUCGCUGGAUCCUCACAGCUGCCCAUACUAUCUACCCCAAGGACAGCUUCUCCCAAAAGAACCAAACUGUGGAAGUUUUUCUAGGACACACAGACCUAGAGGAAAUCAUAAGGCUGGGGACUCACUCUGUCCGAAGGGUCAUUGUACACCCAGACUAUCGUCAAGAAGAGCCAAACAACUUUGAGGGUGACAUCGCACUAUUGGAAUUAGAGAACAGAGUCUCCUUGAGCCCCAACAUCCUUCCCAUCUGUUUGCCAGACAGUGAGACUCUCUAUAAUAGUGGCUUGAUAGGCUAUGUCAGUGGCUUUGGUAUGGAAAGAGGCCGACUGGUUAGCCAGCUGAAAUAUGUGCGACUGCCCAUUGCCAAGCGAGAGGCUUGUGAGAAUUGGCUUCUGGAGAAAAAUAGAACUGAGGUAUUUUCUUCAAACAUGUUCUGUGCUGGAGAUAGGACCCUAAAGCAAGAUGCCUGCCAGGGGGACAGUGGAGGAGUCUUUGCUGUGUGGGACAAUACUACAGAGCGCUGGAUGGCCACAGGCAUUGUGUCCUGGGGCAUUGACUGUGGAAAAGGUUUUGGCUUCUACAGCAAGGUCCUCAAUUACAUGGACUGGCUCAAAGGAAUAAUGGAAGGGGAGGCCUGAGACUCUAAGUUUGCUCUAGUCUUGACUCAAAAAUCACCAUAGGUUUGAGGUUAUCAAAGUGUGGUUUCAGGGAGUCCUCAAAGUCAAAACUAUUUUCAUAAAAAUACUAAGUCAUUUGAAUUCUAAUAUGCAAAUAUCAAUAAAUAUAACCUACAUAAAAUUAUUUGAGGGUCUCAAUAAUUUUUAAGGUGCUAAGACCAAAAACUUUGAGAACCACUGCUAUUAGGGGCGGAAAAAUGACUCUUUAAAUAAUAAUUGCUUCCCAAGCAGCAUCCACAUUAAAAAUAACUGAUAUACUCAAAGGUGUAAAAUAAGUUAUCUUCUCUGUCUCCAUCCACCUCCUGAAGUGAAUAGUAUUUUAUAGCCACUUUCUCUCAAUAGUUUGUCUGUCUACUGGUUUCUGUAAUUGCCUGUGGGGCCUCCAUCAAGGGCACUCCCCACAUUAGAGAAGGUCACUAUUUGACACAGAUUUAUAAAUAUA